AUGGACACCAUCAAUCUCCAUAAGAACAGACAGUUUGACUUCUCAGACAAGGUGAGGCUGAGUGAUCUACGGUUCUGUAUCUCAGAAAACAUGGCUGCACCAUCACUGCCAGACCUACUGGAAGAGAAGCUGAGAGCACAACUGGAGGAAGAAAAGAGAAGAUAUAAAACAAUGUUCACUCACCUGAAAGCCCUGAAGGUGGAGAUCGAGCACUUGCAGCUGCUCAUGGACAAAACCAAGGUGAAGCUGCAGAAAGAGUUUGAAGCCUGGUGGGCAGAGGAGGCCACCAACCUGCAGGCAAACUCUCCAGCAGUGAAUUCAUUUGAUCACAUAAAGUCAUCUCCCCAGACACCUGAAUUCCAGCAUGAACGCCCCCGGCUUCUCUCUAAUAAAAGUUCUGGGGGAUGGGAAGAUAGAGAGAGAGGGAAGACGGGCCGGUUUGCUUUUUGCAGUGAUGUGAAUGCCAGGAAAAUCCUGCCUUCGCCACCUUACCCUGCACCAUUCAACCAGAAGAGCAGCACCAGAGCCUCCCUGGAAGACAGCAUCUCCGAGAGGCCGACGUCGUCCAUCCCUCUCACUGGGGACAGCCAGACGGAUUCCGACAUCUUGGCAUUCAUUAAGGCCAGGCAGAACAUUCUACAGAAGAAAUGUAAGUCACCUCCCUUGGUAGCCCCUCCAGAGCCGUAUGUCACCCUGCUCUGCUCACCAACACUUGGGGGAGGCAAGGGAGAAGCUGGGGCAAGUGAGAUGGAUGGAACUAAGAAGCUUCCUGCAUGUUCCCAAAGCCACAGGCCUGACCUUCCAGUCCCUUCACCAGUGCCUGGUUUCUGCCUCCUCCUGAAAAUCCCAGAGGGGCAGCAUCAGAGAUGCCAUGACAGGGCCAAGAGGUGGCUGUCCCAGUGUUCCUACCCUACCUGGCAAAGCUUUCUCUCCCUCUUCCAGAUUCUUUUGUUCUCCUGUUUGUUCUCUGACCUUAAAGGCAGCGUUCCCCUUUGCCCAGUCCUCUCUGGACAGGAAGGGGCUGCAUGA